UAUGAAAACAAAGCACGUAGCUUUUCCGCUACCUACCACGCAGGCACCGGCACCCUUCAGACCUAUACACACUAUCUCACUGCGCCUCUCACUCCUGGAGGGAAUCCCGAGUAUCAUAUGACUCAGACAAAAGCAUUUACAACAACGAGCGACAGAGACACAUUCGUGAGAGGCGCAACGGCCUACCGCAAUGAUCGAGACCUAGCAAAGACAGGACGUGACAGCUCUAUUGCCCAUGCUAACCAGGUGGGCUCGCCAGAUGCCUGCGUCCAGCCCCAACACAAGCUUGACGACCAGCCGCACGUCCCAGUCAACGGCCGUUGUGACCGGGUCGGAAACCUCUGAAGACGAGCUGGCUCGCGACGAAGUGACCCCGAUCAAGCGC